CCCAAAAACUGUCGACUCAUAUAUAAAGGCGCCAUCGAGCCGGCUCUCCUCUAUGCCGCCCAAAUUUGGGGGGAUAAAGCAAAUUUAACACGCAUAAAAAGGAAACUGCUGUCUGUGCAAAGAGACUCUGCAAUCCGGAUCUGUAGGGCUUACAGGACGGCCCCGACAGAUGCCCUCUUAGUUAUGGCUAACCUCGUUCCUAUCCAUUUAAAGAUUAAGUACAUUAGCUGGAUAUGGAACAUUCAAAAUGAAGAUCUAAACAACAAUGAGACAAUCAGUGCUCAAACCAACACCCAGGACGACUUCCAUCACAGCUGUCAAGACAUAAUCCAUAUGACUCAGGCUUACGGAUUAGAUAACCAAUUUUCCAGUAUUGAAUAUAACCACCACCCUGCUACCAAAGACACCAUCUCGAUUAAUCUCCUCUCCAAUACCACCACCACAAACCAUGUCAAUUGGCAUGUGUAUACAGACGGUGCCAAGAAUGACAAAGGUACGGGGGCGGCUUUCACCAUCUGGGACACUGUAAAUAACACAACCAGUAAAGAAGAAUACCACAAACUCGGUAAUCAUUGUUCAAACAACCAGGCAGAGCUAUGGGCUAUGCAACAAGCACUUAUUACCAUCACCAAACAUCUCAGGAUAUACCAGGGUAACAUCGACUUCUUUACAGACAGCAGAUAUGUGCUGAGUGUCCUCAACGGAACAACUAAACAGACGGCAACAGGUAUCAGGGUCUGCUACCUAGCCAACAACCUACACAAGAAAAGAAACAUUAGUUUCAACUGGAUCCCGGGCCACAGUGGCAUAGCCGGUAACGAGAGGGCAGAUGCCUUAGCGAAAGAAGUUACAACUUUAAAUGUCACUCCAUCCUUCAAAAAGAUACCCAUCACCCUCGUAAAAAGCCUCAUUCAUGAUAAAAUCAUGAAUGAAUGGCAAAAGGACUGGACAAACUCUAAUACAGGUAGGAUCACCUAUAGGUUCCUUCCCUCCGUCAAAGACCGCCAACAGCUCCACCAUUUUUUCCCGACAUACGGUAUCACCCAAUGCAUAACAGGGCAUGGGAAUUUCCCAGCCUAUCUCACUCGUUUUGGUAAACGAGAUAAAGAAAACUGUGAUUGUGACAAUACUUCUAAAGGGGACUCCCUCCAUUACCUCCUGGACUGCCCCAACCUGGACUCGGAACGAUAUAAACUGUUCAGCCACAGCAUCAACAAAGGUCAAAACUGGCCCCCAAAGCUUGAUUACCUGUGUGCUAAUAAAGAAGCAUUCCAUCUCCUGAUCAACUUUAUAAACAGCUGUAACAUCUUUCAAACAAACUCCUCUAACAAGAGGCAUUAA